UGGGAGGAACCAGAGCAGGGAGGGUGAGGAGCAUCCGCAUGUAUGCCCGUGCUUGAAAGGUGAUGACUUCUUCCUGAUCUGACCAGACCCGGGACAGGAAACAGAAAUGGGAUCUGUGCCCUGGUUCCCGGCCCCUUUUGAUUCUGCCAGUGUAUGAGGACGCGCUGAGACAAAUUCCGUGGCAGUUAGAAAGUGAACUGGCUGCCAAGAUGGAGAGGAAGGACCCAGUAACCUUUACCUUCUACCAUCCCAAGGUUCCCAAAGUCAAGGGUAACCGGAAAUACCAAAGGCCUGCUCUCCCCACCAACCAACAUCCGAGUGCCUCGAUGCCACCCCAGAGGCAGCAGCAGCAUAUGGAUCAGACACACACCUACAUCCGAAUGUUCUGUGGCAGCCUCUGUGGUUUUAGUCUCCUCAUGCUGAUCUGCGUGUCCCCACUGAACUGGGUGCAGUUCCUGGUGAUCAAGAAUGGCCUGGAGCUCUACGCAGGACUCUGGAUCUCAUGCCACCAUGAGCUGUGCUGGAGCCACACACCCAAGCCACCCUAUUACCUCCAAUAUUCCAGGGCCUUCUUCCUCAUCUCUGUCCUCACUAUCCUCAUUGGCCUUGGCUGGCUCUUCAGCACUUGCCUCCCUAGGACAGGAAGCACGACCACUAACUUGGACCUGAAGGUGUCCGUGCUCAGCUUCAUCUCAGCCUCCUGCUUGCUUCUCUGCCUCAUCCUAUUUCUGGCACAGGUUCACUGGCACACUAGGGAGGCCAUGGAGUCAGCCUUCCUGUGGACCUAUCAUCUUAACUGGGGGAGUGACUUCUUAUACACGUUUGCUGGGAUCCUCUCCUUCCUCAACUACCUAACUUCCAGAACUCCUCCUCUUGAUCAAAAUGUCAUUGCAAUUCCCACAGAGAAGUCGAGGCUGGGGAUUGGUCCAGUGACUCCAGCACCACCCGCGGAAGAGGCAGUGUCAAGGUCUCAGACAGCAUCUACAAGUGAGAGACAGGAAAAUCCACCAAGUGCAGAGCUGUGAUGGUGACAGGACAUUCCAGCGACUGCUUGUCUAAAACGCAGGGGAGACGCUCACUGAGUAGGGAAAGAUUGUGCAGAUUCGAGGAAACCCCUCUGGUAUCAUGUCCGUAUCACCGAAGGAGACAGCAUUAAAGCUGAUGAGAUGUCCUUUGUGUAUGCUGCAUCCAGAAUAUGCAUGAUCCUCGUAAAGAAAGUAAUGAAAAUCACUUAAGAAAAAAUUUUUAAAAGGAAACACCAGUGUUCAGGGUCACGAGUGAAGGAAACUAGCGGCAGGCGCAGUGCGUGAGGUGGAGCUCUCUCUGAGCACCAGGGAUCUCAUGGACCACAACGGUCCAUGCAGAAUGCCACCAGAUUCUGUUUGAAGUUUUUUUAUCAUGUGUGGCUCUGGGCACACUCAGGAUGGAAGGCAUUUGGACCGCAGUGCUGAAUCUGAAUGGAGGCCACUACCAGAAGUGGAAUGGACAGCAGCAGAGAUAAGGCCCACCACCCAGAGGGGCUGAGGGUUGCUGGGUAGACUCUGGAAAAUCGUGAAACCCCGCUUCCUGUGAGGGCUGGCAAUCUGAAACCCUUACAGCCUGUUGUGUGAGCCCACGGCUCCUCCCUAGGCUGGGGGAUGCCUUAACCGGGCAUCUAUAAACUCUCUGAAAUUCCAUGCAGACCUUGUGCACGCACUUUUCUGUAAAGGAGCCGUCAGAUUCUUGAUAGGCCUUUGCCUCUUUUUAUUCCUAAGGCAUCAGCUCUGUUCUACUGAGCCGGAUGAGGCUUAAAGGGCUUUCUUCAGCCUGAGUGUACAUGUGGACCAAGUUAAAACCCUUUUCCAUGUUCUGUAUACUGUGUAAGACUGCGUAGGGGUGGGAGCAUUCAGGCGAUAACAUAAUUUUUUUUUUCGGUGGGGGCAGGUCAUUCGAUUCAUUUACUUAUUUAUUUUUGGAGGAGGUUCUGGGGAUUGAACCCAGGACCUCGUGCACACUAAGCAUGUGCUCUACCACCUUCCCCUCACAUAAUCUUUUGAUGGCUACUGUUCCCCUUUAAACUCAGACCAUAUUCCAUGCAGAAGGCCCCUAACAUUCAUUCUGUCUUUUAUUCCUUUAGUAGCCGCCACUACUAUUCUGUUGGCUGAGGUCCAUUCUCCUCAAGCCUGGCGCAUGAAUGGGCUACAGUGCCCAGCUUCAUCCCUCGCUGCUCUUAAGGCUCAGCCCCGGGGUCCUUUUGGUUAAGAGAUUCACUGGUAACCUGUGUAGAAAACAAACGUGAUAGUUCUUAUAAUCCUGGCCCCCAGUGAGUAACUUUCAAACACUUCCAGAUGGUAGCUGGAAGACCCCUAGGUUAGUACUUCUGCUUGUAUUCCUAAAGGUACGAGCUGAGCAGCACACGCACACGUGCACCCACACACAGAAGCAAGCGCCGUGCUGGGUGCUGAGCGUGCACAGCCUGAUAGGCUAUGUCCUUGCUGCUGAAGGUGGUCACAGACCAGAAGGAGAUACAGACAGACAGAUGGCAAAACUAUGUGAUAAAGGUUAUGAAAGGGCCAGUACAAAAUGCUGUCAUUCAGCAUUCUGGCACUGAGGGUUGGUUUCAGGGAAGGCGCCCCCAGAAAGGCAAGACUAAGAUGAAUCUUGGCUCAUGUUAACGAAGAUGAGGCGGGAGGUGUGAUAGGUACCUUGCACAAGGUAGGUAACGUGUGCACCAUGUGCACAGCAGGGACCGUGUUGGGUUAGGAAACUGCAAGAAGAAUGAAACAGUUUGGAGCACAGGGAGCGAAGGAGGGAGAGAAGGAGUCUAGAUGUCACUGAGCUUUUUGCUCCAUGACAUUACGGACCAUGUCUCGCAGGAAACGGAGGACUUGGCUCAAACGGGUGAAUCUAUAUGUUAAGGGACUUUACAAGGUCCCCUUAGAAUUGAAAAAGAUUUGGGGAAACGUCAGUGGGAAGAGUCAUUACUGCUCCGAAGCCUGCUCAUGAAGUGAAAGGAGGAGCUACCAGAAUCCAGAAGGGUGGCUCUGUGGCAAGGGCGCCUGUCAGGGGCUCUACCCUGGACCGCCCUCAGCAGGCAGGGAGGAGAGAAACAGUGAAUUAACACAAUGAUCUUCACACCUCUGAUCUUUGCCCCUGCCUGUCAUUAGUCACACCUACUCUAGGGCUGGAUGGAUGGCAAGAAAGCUAUUGCAUACUCCAGUCUUCUUGAGCAAGGAUGGAGAGUAGAUCUGGAGGGGCACAUGGAAAAUCUCCAACAAAUCACUGUAUCCUCAGACCUAACACAAUACCUGGCACAGAGGAGGUACUGAAUGACUGAAUGAGGUUGGAGAGUGAGCAGAAACCCCAUCUUUCUAGGUUUUUACCAAUUCAUGUUAACAUGAUUUUGCUUCAUAGUUGUGGGGAGCAAUCAGAGUAUUUUAAGCAAAAGGGAGACAUAAUUAGAUUUGCAUUUUAGAGGCAUCAAUCUUGGUAACUUUGUGGAGAAUAAACGGAAAGAACAAACCUGGAAGCUGAGAGACCAGGUAAAAAGCUGUUGUGACAAUCCAGGACAGAGAUGCCAAAGGGAUGUUCUAAAGAAGUGGAUACAAAAAUACAAGAUCGGCUUGAGAACAUUAAAGACGUGGAAUUGGCAGAACACGUGUGAUUGACUGGUGGGAGUUAAGGGUACAGGACCAAGGGGCAGGACGGAAAGAGGAUGACUAUGUUUCUCGAAGACUUCUUGGAUGUUAGUGUGUCUUGAGAAAUCCAGGCUUGGCAGACAGGUUGCUGUAGGAAUCUGGAGUUCAGAGGAGACCUGGGCUGGAGAAAGGGAUUGGAACAGAUCUGGCAAGUAAGACAGAGACAUUGGACUUGUGCUUUGUGUCUGGACUCCUGUGGGUUCUGUCCCCUGGGGCGGGGGGAGGGGCAGGAAAGAGUGUUAGGGCCGAAGGGAUUGGGUUCCGCGGCAGUUGAGAAGAGCAGUGAGCCAGAAGCUAGGAUGGAGAGGAGAGAAGGAAAUGACAUGACCUUCCCAGCAGAAUGAGCUUCCCAACCUACAGGGUGAAGAGGCCUUUUGUAGGCUGGGUAGGGGUGGGGUCCUUUUGGAGGAAGCAUUUUGUGUGUGUCAAGGUGGGGGAGGGGAAGGAGUCAAGGUGGGGCAAAGCUCACUUCAUUUUUUUAAGCUGGGGACAGGUGAAAUGAAUACAUAUUUUUAAGUAAUAUUGAAAAGUAAAAACUUGUGGGAGGCUCUGGAGCCAGAGAAGAGAAAGACUGACGUGUGGAGGGAGGAGGAGGCCCCCGCAGGACAGGAUGCAGGGCUUGUCUUCUCGGUGAGUGGAGGUGCAGACGCCUGGGAUGCCCUUCCUUCCGUGACGUCCUCCUCCUUCCCCACCACAGCCAGUUCUCCCCACAGGCACCACUUCUCUUCCAUGCCGCCCGGCCAGCGAUGGCUCCUGGAGAAGACCCGCCGCUACAUUCGCAUCCUCUGUGCCUGCCUCCUGGGCUUCAACUGUGUCCUGCUGCUCUGCCUGUCCCCUUCACACUGGGUGCAGUGCACAGUGCCGAAGGACAGGCAGAGGCUCCUGGCUGGGCUCUGGACCGUGUGCCAUCACGAUCUCUGCUGGAGCCACACACCGAAGCCACCCUGUGCGUGCUUUCUAAAUCCCAGCCCCUUCCUUUGAUGGGCCCAGUCAGUUCCCCCGUAGCUCACCACUCUCCUUUCUCCUCUCCGCAACCCUGCUCCUUCUCUCCCUCACUGACUCACAGGCAUGUAAUGACAGCUUCUCCAAAUAGGCUAAGUCUGCCCAAGUUUGUCUUGACUGGCCUCCUCUGAUGACUUAAAAGCCUCUUCAUUAUCAGAAGCUAAUGCCCAGGGACCUUUGCACUCACAACUGCCCUCAGAAGAAGAAAUAGUAGUCAUUAACACCUUAGUAUGAAAGUGACUUCAUAAUUUAUUUCUCAAGGCGAUAAUUACAAUUUCAAACUUUUUCUCUCAUUUUGGAAUAAAUCAUUUAUUUACUUGUUAAAGGAAUUCCACAUGUCUGAGGAGAUGGGAAGAGGGUCCUUACUGGUGCCUGUGAAGCCACUCACUUGGUGGCUCCUUAUUCUGACUCCAUUGCAUGUAAGACACGCCAUGAUUCCAUCCUCCUUUGUCCCUCACUCCCUUCCCAAAACCCUGUCUAGCCUUUUUGUUUUUCUCUUAAAAAAAACUUUCAUAAUAAAAUGUAUUACCUAAACUGGUGGUUAAAAAAUAUAUGUAAAGUAGAAUUCUGCACAGCGGAAAAAUAAAGCCAAAGACUCUUCUCCAA